UUAGAGAGUGAUACGAUUAACAUCAGCGUGCAAAGUUGUUAGAGCUUAAAAUUGAUCAUGGGUUCAUUAUACAACUUACGAUUGUCGUUAUCAUUCACAUUUUGCUCCGUUAGGUUUUUGUUCCAACCUUGUGUAUAUUAUAAACGUAAAAUUUUCAAAAAUGACGCAUCGCGAAAUUUUGAGUGAAGUAGAAUAUUUCGGUGAAUUUUAUGCAGAUGCUUUCUCUGAUUGUCCAAGCGACAUAUACCCUAGUGUCUCAGAAGAUGAUAGUUCUUCAGACUAUAGUUCUGAUUCAGACGAUGUGAAUAGUAGACCAACAAAAAGACAAAAAACUUUAGUGAUUGAUUCUGAUACGGAAAGUGAACAUGAAACUCCUUUGCUUCUGCAGAAAAGUGGAUCGAAGACAACAUUUCUUGAAAAUUAGAGGACUUUACAGGUGUGUCAGGUGUAACUAUUGAAUGUGAUAACCCACAAAGUGUUAGUGAAAUAGAAGAAUUAACUUUUUGGCCGGCCAAACUAAAAAUCGCCAGCCACAGGCGUUAAGUUUCUGCAAAAAUCCUCCGGUCCGUAAUGAGUUAAGACUCCAUGCUCCCAAUGCAGGGGGCCCAGGUUUGAUCCCUGGUCGGGAACUAAGAGGCUGCAUGCCACAACAAAGAUCCUGCAUGCCGCAGCUAAGACCCGGCGUGGUCAGAUAAAUAAAUUAAAUAAAUAAAUAUCUAAGAAGAGAAAAAAAAACCAAGGUGAAAUCAAUAAAAAUGUCCUGUCAGUGUUCGGCUUAACAGAUGAUCACGUUUCAGGGCCACCCAGUGCUCCUGCAGAAAGAAGACUGCUCAGGAACUCGCAACAGCAUUGCUGCCUCCUCUGCAGCUUACCCACCAGGAAUUCAGCCACAGCAGCCACCAUGUACAGGAGCUCAGACUCAAGCAGGUCAGAGUGAAGGUCAGAUGUGCCAGCAGUACCUGCAGCAGGCCGGCCAUGGCACUCAGCAGCCACAGGCACCUCCCAGCCACUACAGCAGAAUGGUAUUCAGUAUUCAGGCUGUAUCGGCCAAAUGCACCUCAACAGCCUCAGCAGUUCCAGGGACAUGGCCAGCAACCAACUUCUCAGGGGAUCCUUCUGGUGUAUGACAUCACCAACCGCUGGUCCUUCGACGGCAUUGACCGGUGGAUCAAGGAGAUCGAUGAGCAUGCACCCGGGGUCCCCCGGAUCCUGGUUGGGAACCGGCUGCACCUGGCCUUCAAGCGGCAAGUCCCGACAGAGCAGGCGCGUGCCUACGCGGAGAAGAACUGCAUGACCUUCUUCGAGGUCAGCCCACUGUGCAACUUCAACGUCAUCGAGUCCUUCACUGAGCUGUCCCGCAUCGUGCUUAUGCGGCACGGCAUGGAGAAGAUCUGGAGGCCCAACCGAGUGUUCAGUCUGCAGGACCUCUGCUGCCGGGCCAUCGUUUCCUGCACCCCCGUGCACCUCAUCGACAAGCUCCCGCUUCCUGUCACCAUCAAGAGCCACCUCAAGUCUUUCUCGAUGGCCAAUGGCAUGAACGCUGUUAUGAUGCACGGGCGCUCCUACUCACUGGCUACUGGAGCAGGGGGCGGCGGCAGCAAGGGCAACAGCCUCAAGCGGUCCAAGUCCAUCCGACCACCCCAGAGCCCACCCCAGAACUGCUCGCGGAGCAACUGCAAGAUCUCCUAGCUCGGCAGGCUGUGCCCCAUCCAGAUGCACUCUGGGAGGGCUCACGCUUGGGGAGUGCUCCUGGCUGGGCGCUGGGCCCAGCGCUGUGUGCAGGGAAAACUUUGGCCACACAGUCCCUCCUGGGAAGCGUGGGGAUGCCCCUAGUAGGCUGGUGGUCUCAGCCAGACCAGCUCCACAGGACAGUGGAGGGCCAUGCUGCUGGGAUGGUGGCAGAUCACGCCCAGGACCCCGAGGUGUGGCUGAGAAGACCCCUGGAGGCGGCUCUGCCUGGCCCCAGCCGUGAGGGGGCUGUCCCUGGGGACUGGGAGACCAGGUUCCCUUUCUUAUUUAUGUAAAAGAUGGUUCACCCCUUUUGUACAUUUUUAAAGGACCAGCAGGGAAGCCUCCGUGCAACCACGCGGUGAGCCCAUGACAGCUGAGGGGACGAGCUUUGGGACAUUGGGAGAGAGGAGGUGUUUGAGGCAAAGAUGGGAAAGAAUCCACCAUCAAGGCUUGAAUCUGAAUUCACAUAACACUUCACAUGGGGCUAUGGGCUGUGUGGGGGCCAGUGGAGAACAUGUGGAAGCUUUGGGCAGCAAUCUUGGACUCCCCAGCUACAUGCAUUGGCCUUUCUGAGCAUGGUGGUCAGUGUGCCCGCCAUGUGCUGAGGGUGCGGGCCCCAGUAGUCUGCGUGGUGGAGCUGCAGUUUCCAGGGCUCCCGCCGGCCUUCCUGGAUGACAUCCGUGUGUGUCAUGGAGCUACGGGUUCAGAGCCAGGGGCGACUCGCAGGUUCCCACGUUGCUUGGAAAAGGGGAAGCGGGGUGCACCCCCCACGUCCCUCCCCAGCUCCCUCUCUCCCCACGUGGGGGCCAUCAACCUUCGUUCUGUGAUUCUGCACCUUCAGUUCCGUUUACAUCCGUUGCUGCAUGAAACUGGCUCGGCGUCUCUCCGAGUUGACACAGAGCUAUUUGUAGGCAGUGCUCACUGGGGCCACCAGGCCCUGGGCAAGUCUGGACUGAGCCUGCCCCACUUGCCUCCUGGGGUGUCUAGACCCUUCUCUGGCCAGCUUCUGUCUUCUGACCUUGGGUGUGAUCCCAUAGCUGCUCCUCACCCAGUUGCACCCCUCUGUGAGGUCACAUGUCACCAAAACCUUUCUCACCCGUUUCUUAGUGGUGGACGCUGAGCCCCUCCUCGAGGACCCACCGGCCAGCCUGAGCUGGAGGCCUGGCCUCCUUCCGUCCACCUGGCUGGUGACGUGGCCACAGGUCACUGGUGCUCAACUCUACCUCCUGCCCACGGGCCCCUCCCUGGCCUGUGACCCCCUUGCUCGGGACUGUUCUGUGGUGGGUGCCCCGAGGGCUGCUGUUAUAGGAGGUGAGGUGGGGAGGGGCUGCAGCGCCUGUGAGCAGGAUCCUGGCUGAGGCCUGGCUGCCAGCAGGGUUGGGUGGGCAGAGGAGGCCCCACCCAUCCUGUCCUGCCAGCAGGAGCCCCUUCUUUGGACAUUGUUUUGAGGAAACGGACGAUCCUGCAUUCACCAUAUCAACACUACCCUUUGCUGCUGUCCACACUUGCACUAUUCCUGGGCUCGUUUUGGACAGUUUUAGUUUCUUUGUGUAGUAAACAUAAUUCAGCUCUGGC